AUGGCGGCGCUGCGGCUCCUGGCGUCUGCGCUGGGGCGUGGCGUCCCCGCUGGCCAUGCGGGGCCCGAGCUGUUCCAGGGUUGCGCCCGCCGCUUCUCCACCAGUCCCUGCUCCCGCGUCAAGUUCUACACAGACCCUGUGGAGGCGGUGAUUGACGUCAAAGACGGGGCGACCGUCAUGCUCGGGGGCUUCGGGCUGUGCGGGAUCCCGGAGAACCUGAUCGGGGCACUGCUCAAGACGCGCGUGAAGGACCUCAAGGUGGUCAGCAGCAACGUGGGCGUAGACGACUUCGGCCUGGGCCUCCUGCUCACCACCAAGCAGGUCAAGCGCAUAAUCUGCUCGUACCUGGGGGAGAACGCGCUGUGUGAGAAGCAGUUCCUGUCUGGCCAGCUGGAACUGGAGAUGACCCCUCAGGGCACUCUGGCCGAGCGCAUUCGUGCGGGUGGUAUAGGUGUGCCUGCCUUCUACACGCCCACCGGAUACGGGACCAUGGUGCAGGAAGGGGGUGCACCUGUCCUCUACUCCACAGAUGGCCACCGGCUCAGCCUGAGUCAGCCCCGGGAAGUGCGGGAGUUCGAGGGCCAGCACUACCUCCUGGAGCAUGCAAUCAGGGCGGACUUUGCCUUCGUGAAGGGCUGGAAGGCUGACCGCUCAGGCAACGUGGUCUUCAGGGGAAGCGCCUGCAACUUCAACUUGCCCAUGUGCAAGGCCGCUGAUGUCACCGUGGUGGAGGUGGAAGAGAUUGUGGAUGUGGGCACAUUUCCUCCAGAAGAUGUUCACGUUUCCAACAUUUAUGUAGAUCGCGUGAUCAAGGGGCCAAAAUUCGAGAAGAGAAUCGAGCGUCUAACCACUCGGAACAAGGGAGACAGCAAAUCCAGCUUGAAAGAGGACAUUAAGACCCGGAUCGUCAAACGCGCAGCUCUGGAAUUCGAGGAUGGCAUGUAUGCCAAUCUGGGCAUCGGGAUUCCUGUCCUGGCCAGCAACUUCAUCAGCCCCGACAAGACAGUUUAUCUGCACAGCGAGAACGGGAUCCUGGGCUUGGGCCCCUUCCCAUUAAAGGAAGAAGUGGACCCGGACAUCAUCAAUGCAGGCAAGCAGACAGUCACUGUGGUUCCUGGGGGCUGCUUCUUCUCCAGUGAUGAGUCCUUUGCCAUGAUCAGAGGGGGACACCUCCAACUGACCAUGCUUGGUGCAAUGCAGGUUUCUAGAUAUGGGGACUUGGCCAACUGGAUGAUACCUGGAAAGAAGGUGAAAGGGAUGGGUGGGGCUAUGGAUUUGGUGUCCAGUCCCAAUACUAGAGUGGUGAUCACCAUGGAGCACUGCACCAAAGAAAAGACCCCCAAAAUCCUGGAGACAUGCACCUUGCCGCUGACCGGGAAGAACUGUGUGCACCGCAUCAUCACUGAGAAGGCCGUGUUUGACGUGGAUGAAAGCAAGGGGCUGAUGCUAAUGGAGCUCUGGGAAGGCUGUACCAUGGAUGAACUCAAGAAGAGCACAGGCUGUGACUUUGCUGUGUCCCCAAACCUCAGGCCCAUGCAGCAGGUGGCAACCUGA